AUGGCUAGAACUAGAUCUAAAGGUAUUGCUUCUCCUAGGGUGCCUACCCCAACAAAAUCCAAGAAGAAUGGUGCUAUUGCUAAUUCACCAGCUGCUUCACCCUCUAUCAAAAAGAGUAAAAGUAUACCAAAGACUAAAUCAAACGAGAAAUCUAAGGUAAAACAAUUACAAAAUGAAGAAGCACAGGGUUCAAUAGUAUCCAAGAAUGUUGCUGAUAAGGCCAUAAGUGAAUUAAGCAAAUUCUUAGACCGUGAAGCUGAAAAAGAACAAUCUGAUAAAACCCUCUUAUUUGAUAACGAUGAGGAAACUAAAAAUUUAUUUUUACAAAUCACCACCAAGAAAUAUUAUUCUACCAAGCCAAACUUCAAGCCUAAGUUGAUUAAGUUGAGCAAUGCUAUUCACAAUCCUGAGUCAAGGAGCUUGAAGACUUGUUUAAUCAUUCGUGACCAAUUAAUUACUGACCCUGAACAAUUGGAAAUCAUUGAGAAUGCAAGCUUACCUACUUUACAACAGAUCGUUCCAUUGAGCGCCUUAAAAACUGAAUAUAAGCAUUACGAAAAGCGUCGUCAAUUAUAUUCUGAAUACGAUUUAUUCCUUGUUGAUGAUGCAUUAUUAAACUCGAUGCCUACAUUACUUGGAAAGGUAUUUUACGGUAACGGUAACACCAAGAUCCCAUUACCUAUCAGAGUCACAUCUACUUCAAACAAUAAAGAAUUCUCGAUCACAACCAUUGGAAACCAGUUGAAUAAGUGCUUGAACAGUACAUUUUUCUUACCACCAGUUGGAGUCAAUAUUUCAGUCAAGAUUGGAUCUAUAUCCAGCGACUUCAAGAAAAAUCAAUUGGUUGAAAAUUUGGAAGAUGUUUUAUCUCACUUUGAUAAAGACUCUUUAAGAAGUGUAAUGAUUAAGACGGAUUUGUCGCCUUCUUUGCCAUUAUAUUACGCCGAAAAAUUGUAUAACGAUGAAGAUGUCUUAGAAGAAAAUGCUAAGGCUUCAAAGAAUACGGAUGAUGAACAAGAAGUCAGGUUAUCUACUUUUGAAAAAGGGUUAUUGGAAUUGGGUGAUGCUGAUGAAGUUGCAAAGAUUAUUGGUAAGAAAUUGAAAAAACAACAACAGCAAGAACAACAGAAGUUGAAUAAGGUUACAAAGCCAAAGAAAACCAAAAGCAUCUCUAAAUAA